GGGAGCCGGCGCUGGGGGCGGGAGGAGAGCGCGCAGCCGCCCCUGCUAGGCGGGCUCGGCGGCUGCUGCAGCGCUCCGAGCCCGGCCUGACCGAGCCGGUGGAGCAUGUGCCACGGCUCCCGGCGGCGGCGGCGGCGGCGGCUCCUUGGCAGCGGCGGCGGCGGCGGCCGCCAUGGCCAAGUCCGGCGCGGAGCUCACCCGCGAGCUGCAAGACAGCAUCCGUAGGUGCCUGAGCCAUGGACCUGUGCUCCAACAACACCGUGUGAAGCUGGAAACAAAGCCCAAGAAGUUUGAAGACCGCGUGCUGGCUCUUACUUCAUGGCGGCUCCACCUCUUCCCUAUUAAAGUUCCAGCCAAGGUGGAGAGUUCCUUCAAUGUCCUAGAGAUCCGCUCCUUCAACACACUCAGUCAAAACCAGAUCCUGGUGGAGACAGAGCGUGGCAUGGUGAGCCUGCGGCUGCCUUCAGCUGAAAGUGUAGACCAGGUGACAAGGCACGUCAGCUCGGCGCUCUCCAAGGUCUGCCCUGGCCCUGGGUGCUUUAUCCGACGUGGAAAUGCAGACACCCCUGAAGGGCCCCGAGACACAUCCCCCAACUCUGAGACCUCCACCUCCACCACUCACAGCGUCUGUGGUGGCUUCUCUGAGACCUACGCUGCCCUCUGUGACUACAAUGGGCUGCACUGCCGUGAGGAGGUGCAGUGGGAUGUGGACACCAUCUACCAUGCUGAGGACAACCGGGAGUUCAAUCUUUUAGAUUUCAGCCACUUGGAUAGCCGAGACCUGGCCCUGAUGGUGGCAGCCCUGGCCUACAACCAGUGGUUCACCAAGCUUUACUGCAAGGACCUGCGGCUGAGCUCUGAAGUACUCGAGCAGGUGCUACACACUCUGAGCAAGUCGGGGAGCCUUGAGGAGCUGGUGUUGGACAAUGCUGGGCUUAAGACAGACUUUGUCCAGAAGCUGGCCGGGGUGUUUGGGGAGAACGGGAGCUGUGUGCUGCAUGCCCUCACUCUGUCCCACAACCCCAUCGAGGACAAGGGCUUCUUCAGUCUGAGCCAGCAGCUCCUCUGCUUCCCCACUGGCCUCACCAAACUGUGCCUGGCCAAGACUGCCAUCUCCCCUCGAGGGCUCCAGGCGCUGGGCCAGACCUUCGGGGCCAACCCGGCCUUCGCCAGCUCCCUCCGAUACCUGGACCUGAGCAAGAACCCAGGGCUGCUUGCCACAGACGAAGCCAAUGCCCUCUACAGCUUCCUGGCACAGCCCAAUGCCCUGGUACACCUGGACCUGGCGGGAACCGACUGCACCAUAGACGCGCUCCUGGGUGCACUGCUCCACGGCUGCUGCUCCCACCUAACCUACCUCAACCUGGCACGCAACACCUGCUCCCACAGGAAGGGCCGGGAGGCCCCACCAGCCUUCAAGCAGUUCUUCAGUAGCGCCUACACACUGAGCCACGCCAACCUGUCGGCCACAAGGCUGCCACUGGAGGCCCUCAGGGCGCUGCUCCAGGGCCUCUCCCUCAACAGUCACCUCAGUGAGCUGCACCUGGACCUCAGCAGCUGUGAGCUCCGCUCAGCAGGUGCUCAGGCUUUGCAGGAACAGCUGGGGGCCGUCACCUGUAUAGGCAGCCUGGAUCUGUCAGACAAUGGGUUCGACUCAGACCUCCUGACACUGGUACCCGCACUUGGCAAGAACAAGUCCCUCAAGCACCUGUUUCUGGGAAAGAACUUCAACGUCAAGGCCAAGACCCUGGAGGAGAUCCUCCACAAGCUGGUGCAGCUGAUUCAGGAAGAGGACUGUUCCCUACAGUCCCUGUCGGUGGCUGACUCCCGCCUGAAGCUUCGCACCAGCAUCCUCAUCAACGCCCUGGGCAGCAACACCUGCCUGGCCAAGGUGGACCUGAGCGGCAACGGCAUGGAGGAUAUCGGGGCCAAGAUGCUAUCAAAGGCCCUGCAGAUCAAUUCCUCGCUCAGAACUAUCCUGUGGGAUCGGAACAACACAUCUGCCCUGGGUUUUCUGGACAUUGCGAGGGCCCUAGAGAGCAACCACACACUGCGUUUCAUGUCCUUCCCUGUGAGUGACAUCUCCCAGGCCUACCGCAGCGCCCCCGAGCGUACCGAGGAUGUCUGGCAGAAGAUCCAGUGGUGCCUGGUGAGGAACAACCACUCCCAGACGUGUCCCCAGGAGCAGGCCUUCAGGCUGCAGCAGGGCCUGGUGACCAGCAGCGCCGAGCAAAUGCUGCAGAGGUUGUGCGGACGUGUGCAGGAAGAGGUUCGGGCCCUGAGGUUGUGUCCCCUGGAGCCUGUGCAGGACGAGCUGCUCUAUGCUCGGGACCUCAUAAAAGAUGCUAAGAACUCCCGGGCGCUGUUCCCCAGCCUCUAUGAGCUGGGCCACGUGUUGGCCAACGACGGCCCUGUGCGACAGAGGCUGGAGUCAGUGGCCAGUGAAGUGUCCAAGGCUGUGGACAAGGAGCUGCAGGUGAUCCUAGAGUCCAUGGUCAGCCUCACGCAGGAGUUAUGCCCCGUGGCCAUGCGUGUAGCCGAGGGCCACAACAAGAUGCUGAGCAACGUGGCUGAGCGCGUCACUGUGCCCCGGAACUUCAUCCGCGGGGCACUGUUGGAGCAGGCAGGCCAGGACAUUCAGAACAAACUGGAUGAAGUGAAGCUCUCAGUCGUCACCUACUUAACCAACUCCAUAGUGGACGAGAUCCUACAGGAGCUGUACCACUCCCACAAGAGCCUGGCCCGGCACCUGGCCCAGCUGAGGACACUGUCAGAUCCCUCGAGUGGCCCAGGCCAAAGCCAGGAUCUGUCUUCCCGGGGCCGAGGCCGGAGCCAUGACCAUGAGGAGACCACCGAUGAUGAACUUGGGACCAACAUCGACACCAUGGCCAUCAAGAAGCAGAAACGCUGCCGCAAGAUCCGGCCAGUGUCUGCCUUCAUCAGUGGGAGCCCGCAGGACAUGGAGAGCCAGCUGGGCAGCCUGGGGAUCCCCCCUGGCUGGUUCUCAGGACUUGGUAGCAGCCAGCCCACAGCCGGAGGCUCUUGGGAAGGUCUGUCUGAGCUGCCUACACACGGCUACAAACUGAGGCAUCAGACACAAGGGAGGCCCCGGCCCCCCAGGACCACCCCUCCGGGACCUGGUCGGCCCAGCCAGGGGCCUGAGAGAACACGCCAAGAGAACGGGAUGGCCACUCGCCUGGAUGAGGGUCUGGAGGACUUCUUCAGCCGCAGAGUCAUGGAUGAAAGUUCCAGCUAUCCCCGGACACUGAGGACCUUGCGGCCAGGCCUCUCAGAGCCACCACUGCCACCGCUCCAGAAGAAAAGGCGCCGAGGCCUUUUCCACUUCCGCCGGCCGAGGAGCUUCAAGGGGGACAGGGGCCCAGGGUCUCCCACCACGGGGCUUCUCCUCCCACCUCCCCCACCCCCGCCUCCAACACAGGAGAGCCCCCCGAGCCCAGACCUCCCCAGCCUUGGCAAUAACUCCUCCCCUUGCUGGACUCCUGAGGAGGAGAGUAGCCUCCUCCCUGGAUUUGGUGGGGGCCGGGGACCCUCCUUCCGCAGGAAGAUGGGUACCGAGGGGGCAGAGCCCAGAGACGGGGGCCCAGCCCCCGGGAUGACACAGCAGCCAAGGGUCCAUGGCGUUGCCCUUCCUGAGCUGGGAAGAGCCAAGGGUUGGAGCUUCGACGGGAAGCGAGAGGGCUCAGGGCCAGACCCAGAAGGUAGCGCCCAGGCCUGGCAGAAGCGGCGCUCUUCAGAUGAUGCAGGGCCAGGAGCCUGGAAGCCCCCACCACCCCCCCAAAGCACCAAGCCGAGCUUCAGUGCCAUGCGCCGGGCAGAGGCCACCUGGCACAUAGCCGAGGAAAGUGCCCCAUAUCACAGCUGCCAGAGCCCCAGUCCAGCCUCCCAAGAUGAUGAGGAGGAGAAAGCUGAGACCCUCUUCCCAGAGAGGACAGUUCCUGCUAGGAAUGCCAAGUUGCAGGACCCCCCUUUAGCUCCACGGCCCCCCAAGCCAGUGGUUGGGCCCAGAGGCCAUCGCCUGCCCCAGGAGCUGGGGGGCAGGGAAGAGGCCGAGGCUGUGGCUGCAGCCCCAGGGAUGUGCAGACCCCGACUGCGGCUGGGUUCCCAACAGGACCAAGAGGAGCCUGAGGUCCCAGGGCCCCCAGAUCCAAGUCGCCGGACUGCCCCCCUAAAGCCCAAGAGGACACGCCGGGCCCAGUCCUGUGACAAGCUGGAGCCUGAUAGAAGGCGGCCCCCUGACCCUGCAGGAACCAGCGAGCCAGGAACAGACUGACUGCACGCCUCCGGCCCUGUUCUCAAAUGUGCCUCAUAGGGACUCAACCCCCCACCCACUUGCCCCUCCAGGCACCCCUGCCGCUGGCUUGCCCUUUGGGCCAGAAGAUCAGGAUGAGGCAUGGGGGACCCUUAGGUGGGGGCAGGAAGGGAGGGAGCAGCCUGGAGAGAGGGAGGCCCUGGAUGCCUCACUCACUGUGCAGAGCUCUGGUAGGGGUGGAUCUGUCCCUCUGUCCCCAGGGGUUCUCUCCCCACUUGUAUAGAAUAAAAAACCAAAAUCAC